CCGCGGGCUCCUGGUGGUGACGUCUGGAAUCCGCGACGCUUUGGUGAGCUGACCGCCGGGGUCCUGCUGACCGGCGGCGUCCCGAGCGCCAUGGCCUCUGCCGGGGUGGCCGCCGGGCGGCAGGCCGAGGAUGCGUUACCGCCGCCGGCCGAGCCGCCGCUGCCCGAGACGAAGCCGCUGCCGCCUUCGCAGCCGCCGCCUCCGGUCGCCGCGCCUCAGCCACAGCAGUCGCCGGCGCCGAGGCCUCAGUCACCUGCCGGCGUGAAGGAGGAGGAGAAUUACUCCUUUUUACCUUUGGUUCACAACAUCAUCAAAUGUAUGGACAAGGACAGCCCCGACAUCCACCAGGACCUGAACGCCCUCAAAACCAAGUUCCAGGAGAUGCGGAAGGUCAUCAGCACCAUGCCCGGCAUCCACCUGAGUCCCGAGCAGCAGCAGCAGCAGCUGCACAGCCUCCGAGAGCAAGUCAGGACCAAGAACGAACUUCUGCAGAAGUACAAGAGCCUCUGCAUGUUUGAGAUCCCCAAGGAGUAGAUGAGGCUGGCUUCCAGGAAUGCCCGAGAAAGAAGGGGGAGAGCACAUGGCCUUACCGUGUUCCCCGCCACCCCCCGCCACCCCCCCCACCCCCCCGGAGCGUAGCUCUUUCGGACUCCAGCUGUGAACUCUGUAACGGAGAGGCGGGGGCUGGUGUGGCUGCUGCCGUAGCUGAACUUGGCAUUGACUAGUGUGAGGAGCCAGCGUGCGAGCUUGGCUUUGUCGGGGCCUCCUUGUAGAGUAUAUAUCCAUAUGUCUAGAUGCAUAAUAACUCGAGUGCCUGCUGGUGGAAGGAAGACUGUUCCCGGAGGCUGGGGAGUGGGUAGAGGGUUCUGCCCCUGCCUCCGGGGAGGGGCCAUCUGCCGUGUAUUCGGGCUCCGCGGGCACAUCUGUAGCGCGCAGUGGGGAAGGAGGCGGCUCCUCUUUGCUUCCUCCCUCCCUCUUCUCCCACCCCUGGGUAUGCUCAGUGUGUACCAGGUACACAUUGUUCUGUUCACAGCAGUGUCAUGACACAUUUGCAUAGAAUUCACUGGACAAAUGGGGGCUACGCUCAGACGGCACGGGUUUAAAACGGUAAAAGAAAGCCGUGAGGCAGUGAAUACUGUUCUGAAAGACUACAGGGUGGUUUCCUCCCUCCUCCCGCCCCCCAGAAUAGUUUGUUCCCUUUUAUGUUUGAGCCGGUGAAUGUAACUGUGUCUUUGGGGGGCGUCAACCCAGAGCCCUGGGCAGCCCCCGUCUCCAGGUUCUCUGCCACCUACGUGUUCUUGUUACUUGUAGGUCUUGCUCCCUUUGUCUCCGUCCCCUUCAGUCGUCUCUUGCUCAAGAAGGACCAGCCCACUUCAGACCCCCACAGUGCUGCCCACGGGGCCGGAGGGUAGUGUUGUUUCUGCACAGGCUCACACAGGUUCCCAGGUGAGCGGGCCUUGCCUCUUCCAGCGUUUCAGAUUCCUGUGGUCCCGGUUUAAAAACUCAGUUUCCCCUCUGGCCUGGGCACUGAAGAGUCAGCCACCAACAUGCGCUGCACCGCAGACAGAGGCGAUCGUGAUGUGCUCUUUGCUCGGAGAAUUGCAGCUCUCAGUGACAGCUCUGAUCACCCCUCAGCCGGGUGUGAGGGUAUGGUUCUGGAUCGUUCUGAAGGCGCGGGGAUAGCCUACACCCGGAAGGUCUACAGCCCGGUUCUGGUUCAUAAAUGUUGAUAACACCCCUCAUUUCUGCCAGAUGGGACCCUUAUUUCUGCGCUCUUCCCUUGACCGUCAAAGAUGAGGGGAGAAGUAACUACGUAUUGGUUAGAUCUAGAAAUGGGCACAUAAGCUGUGCUGACCAAGUCAGGGGCUUAACAGAUGCCUGCCAACUGACCUCUUUGGCAGGAAUAUUGGUUGAAGAUGUUUUUAGCAGGGGCCCCAUUUGUGUUGACCUGCGGACCUGUGAAGGGGGGUAUCCGGUUUCAGUGGCCUCGGGCAGAAGAACAGGCUCUGAAUUGAGGUGGGUAGUAGUCACCUCUUAGACCAGUUCCCCCUGGAGACUGUUAUUUAACUGAAUCAGUUAUUUUCGCAAAAUCUCAGAGCAGCGUAUGGGCCAGUUUUAAGGCUCUGACCAAAUACGAAGCACACGGAACUACAAGACCCCCGGGGCCUUUCUGCACGGCUGAAACAGACCAGGGCUCUCCCUGGGGCAGAGACAGAGCUUUCCUGUAUUCCAGGGUUUUGACUUACGGCAUUUUUCAAGAGUAUAAUUAAAAGAACUUGUACUCUGCUCUCA